AGGUUUACAUCAUCCGGGCCGGAGCUGUACCCCGGCGCUCGGCGCCCCCGAGACAUUCGCAGCGGAACCAGCGGCAGCUCCGCACGCGUCCGGCUGCUGGGGACCGAAGCCAGAGCCCGACCCGGAGCCAAGCUCAGCCACGACGGAGCAGCGCGGGCCACCCAGGGGUGCCUGGGGACUCUGAGCUUGGCCGGCGCCAGGACUCCGUCGCGCGCGAAGGCAGGAUGCGAGCCACCUCUCUGGCUGUUGCUGAGGGUGCCCCCUCCAGGAAGAAGCGGUUGGAGUCGGAUGAUGACCGAAACACUGAGUGUCCCACCCAGAAACAUGCUCGACGUGGGCCUCAGCCCAGGCUGCCCUCCUGCCAACUGCCCCUGAGCCCACCUCCUGCUCCAGUUCACACCCCUGCUGUGACCGCUGCCUCCAGGCUUGGACCCUAUGUUCUCCUGGAGCCUGAGGAGGGCAGCCGGACCUACCACACCCUGCACUGCCCCACAGGCACGGAGUACAUCUGCAAGGUACAUGUCCCAGGGGCCAUUGUCUGCGAGCAUCACAGAGGGCUGGGAAAGGAUUGCCAGGGCUGA